CCGUGUCACGAUUUCAAAUCAGGCUUCGAUCAGUCAAGUCACCUGAAAAUGUCACUGAGAUUUUUGUGUCUCCUCAGCUUGCUGGCUUUCUCCUAUGCUGGAGUCCUUCCACUCUUUGAUCCUAGGAUCGUCAACGGAGAGGAUGCCAAACUAGGCGAGAUUCCAUAUCAGAUAUCUCUUCAAACAAGAAGUGAGAGCUUCCACUUCUGUGGCGGCAGCAUCUUGAACAAUAACUAUGUUAUCACAGCAGCUCACUGCGUCGAAGGCGAACCUGCGGGUAGACUAAAAGUUGUUGCUGGGACGAUCAAGUUAAGUGAUCCGAAAUCAGAGCAUGAAGUCACGAAAAUCAUUGUACACAAAGACUACAACGCGAGAAAUUCCUGGAUUAACGAUAUUGCUUUAGUAAAGGUGAAAACUCCCUUCAAAGUAUCUUCCACCAUCGGACAUGUCCCUCUGCCACCAAAGGGACACGUCGUUAAACCCAACGAUAUAGCUGUUGUGUCAGGAUGGGGCGAUCUCUGGUCAGGUGGACCAUCCACUGACAAGCUACAACGAGUCAACGUUCUCAUCGCUGAUCAAGAGUACUGCAAGUAUAUGUACAACACUACGGGAUCUAACAUUUAUCCUACGCACGUUUGCGCGUACGACCCAUCAGUAGAGAAAGGUUCUUGUCAGGGUGACUCUGGGGGUCCAUUGACUGUUGGUGGAAAACUCGUUGGACUGGUAUCCUGGGCGAGAGGUUGCGCCAGCACCUCUUACCCUACCGUCUUCACACGUGUUGUCUCUUAUCUGGACUGGAUUAAAGCUAACGCGGUCUAAACCAAUCACGCUUUCAACUAUGAUUCAUACUCUGUCCUUCGUAUAAUUUUCUAUAUGUCAAAUUUAAAAGUGGUAGAAAAAGAUAUAUUUCUUUAUGUAAAACAUGUAUGAUAACGAUGUGACGUAGGGACUGUACAUAAUAUAGGUAUCCUCCAAAUUCUGUACAUAUAUUCGAAGAAAUAAAUAUUAGUGAUUCAUUCGAAGAAA